GUUGAUGUUUGAACUUUGAUGUUUUGAUAAUUUGUAAAUCAUAUUUCGUUUUGAUUUUAGCUCAAAAUUAAUUAGGUAAUUAGUUAUUACGUCAAUUUUAUAAUAAUAAGAAAUAACCAUGUGAAAUCAAGCUAUCGAAGUACAGAGUUCACUGUAGAUAACACGUUGUCACAGCAGAGAUGGAAAGCAUUACGAACUUCUCAGUUUCACUAAUCAAAGGAUUUAUAGAUAGUUUGCGUGGUGUAACAGUCUUGUUAUAUUUAGAUAAAGAAAUUAAUGAACGAGCCCUAAGUCGUUCUCCUCAACUGGAAUAUGACGGUGCCAAACAUAAAUUAAAGCAGCCUAAAAUAAAACAAGAGUCAAAAGUACUUACAAGAGUAUUACAGUCUUGUAUUUUAAAUGGGUUUAUAUUUUUACUAAGUAUACUUGUGUUUGAAUAUGCAUUACUACCAGGAGUUAAGUACUUAGUAAUAGCUAUAUUUGGACAUAAUCCGGGAGUAGCAUACAGUGUAUGGUCAUGGAUACAACCAUUCUUAUCUAUGACGUUCAGGAUGAUAUGGGUGUUGCCACUGUUCCUUUUGAGCAAACUGGUUAACAGCCUGUGGUUUCAAGAUAUAGCAGACUCUGCAUAUAGACACAGACGAGGCAGGCCUCAAUUCAUGUCUAGUGUCAGCAAAAUCAUUGCUGACUCACUGUUUAGUUUAUUGGUGCAAGCCUUAUUCUUAGUUCAGAGUAUGCUAGUCAGUAUGUUACCUAUAACAUAUGUUGGUGAACUAUUAUGCCUUAUUCACAUGUGUCUACUGUACUCGCUCUAUUCCUUUGAGUACAAAUGGUUCAACAUGGGCUGGGAAUUACACAAACGGCUGACAUUUAUUGAAACCAAUUGGCCUUACUUUCUUGGGUUUGGUCUGCCAUUGGCUGUAUUGACACAGAUUCCACAGUCAUAUAUUAUUAGUGGUUGUGUGUUUUCAAUAUUUUUCCCCGUUUUCAUUUUAAGUGGCAAUGAAGCGUCUCCAGUCACUGGAAGUGAAUAUCCCCUUCGUUUAUUCUCUCCCGUAGUUGCUAUCUCAAAUGGAAUGUUCCGUUUCGUCCAACACAGCGCUGACGUCAUGGACAAAACGAGAUGAUAGAUAUUGCUGUUCUACUGCUUUAUAGGGCUUAUUUUUCUAUUGGCACACACACCCGAGUACACGAGUUUUCAAAACUGACUUAAAUGAGUCUUUAUUCUCGUAUCGUAAAAUUGAAUUACG